AUGACUGAGAACUCUACUCGUGAAAAGUCAGUAGUAAGUAAACAUGGCUGGGGAGCUGUAAGAUGGGCAGAUCUGAGUAUAAGUGACGCAUCAAACAGUUGGAUACAAACUCAAAGCGACACUAAGAAUGAAUCUAAAUCUAUUGGGUUAACUUCUCUUUUACAAAAAAAUAUCAAACUGAACGACAGCAUAAGUGAAUAUCAAGGCAAAAAAACUAUUAAAGAGAGUACAAUCAAAGUAAAAAAUAGGGGAUUUUUAACAAUUAAUAGUACUGAAACAAAUAAUGAAAUUGGAUUUGAAAAAUCUGAUUUUUCUUCAAGCUUAGGCAGGGUAGGCAGUAAAAACUACGAAGAAAUCGAAAAGGACCAGAACAUUGAAAGCCAGGAAUUUAGGUUUGGAGAAGGAACAUACCCAGGUAGUUUAACUGAUAUUAGUCAAACUGAUCAAACAAUUAAAUGCCUUAUUCAAGAUGCAAACCUAAAUUCACCAAAGGUAUUUGGUAGUUUGCCACAAAUAUUAACUAAAGAUUCGUAUAAUAAUAAUAAAAAAAGAAUUAAAGAUUAUAAUGAAAAACCAGAAGACAGUGAAAAUAUUAAUUUUAACUCGGAAACGCAAAUUGAUCAAUUAACUAUCUAUAAGAAGGUCAAACAUUCGAAAACGAAUACUUGUACAACAGAAAAUCCAAAGCUUAGUAGAGAAACGAAUCAAAAUGCCAUAAAUGAAAGGAACACACAAAAAAAAAUGUUAAGUAAUCAAUUAAGCACUCCCAAAAGACAAAAAAAUAUCUUGGUUAAAUCUCCAAUAGUAAGCACCCCAAAAACACCACAAUUUAACAGUAGCCAUCGUAAUAACGACUUCUCAGUUGAUAUUAGUGCAAGCUCUAAUAUUGAUUGGAAUAAACGGAUUUCAAGUAGGUUAUUUCAGAUUGCUAUUGGAAAAGGAACAAGAGCUUAUCAGAAUUUUUUAAGAUUAAAACCUAGAAAAGAAGAUAGAGAACCUAACGACCCUCAGACUCCAAACGCUCAUAUUAGGUGUCCACAGAAACAAUUCACGGAUCAACUAAAUCAAUGGAGAAAGUCUCUUCACCAAUAUGAUGACCUAGACUCUAGCAUUUUGGAGCUUUGA